AUGAGGUCACUCGCUCCUUAACCGGUGUGCCCAGCGGGGCUAUCUCCGAUGAUGCCUUAUUCAGGGACAAGUUAAAACACAUGGGAAAAUCGACACGCAAGAAGUUGUUUGAACUUGCCAGAGCUUUCUCAGAAAAGACCAAAAUGAGGAAGUCAAAAAGAAAACAGCUUUUGAAGCACCAAGUGAUGGGGACGGCAGCUUCCACAGCAAACCUUCUUGAUGACGUUGAAGGACAUUCAUGUGGUAAGAUCCAAAUCUUGAUAUGCACAUUAGGGAAUGCACAUUCGGCUUAGCAUAUUCAUCUUAGCUC